AUCGACGAGCGAGGCUUUCGCCGUGCCAUGCCACUAGUAGAAAGAGACUAUUUCCUAGUCAGCGUGGGAGGCAUUGCCUCAUUUUGAGUUGUCAGAAUAUCCGUUUCUAACCUUCUGCCAUCCCACUCAUGGUUCGUUGUCCCUCACAUAACCUCGAGAACUCCACGUGGCUCGACAACCAGGAACAUCCCAGACAUGGACAAAGAUGUGCGAGUAGAAGCAGGACCAGAAGCUCAGACAGCUCAGGUGGUAGAUUCAAAAUCAGCAUCCACCAGCGAUAUCGACAGUACAGACGAGAAGCCGAAAAACGCGAAGCAUGAAUUCAACGAACAGACUCACUAUGUCCCGGUCAGCACCAUCAUCACAAUAUUUCUGGCAGCAGCAAGCGUAGAUUUCCUGGCUCUUAUGGAUCAAACAACGCUCGCAGCCAGUUUGACCAUUGUGAGCAAUGCAUUGAACGCCGGCGACGAGCAGGCGUGGAUAGCAGGAGCCUACUUUGUGACAUCAACAUGCUUCCAGCUCCUCUAUGGAAGACUCUCAGACAUCUGGUCAAGGAAGGUCAUAUUGUAUAUCGGCCUCUUCAUCUUCUUCAUUGGAUCUCUCGGCGCAUCUCUGGCACAGACUUCGAUUCAGCUGAUCGUAUUCCGUGCAUUGACCGGUAUUGCUGGUGGCGGAAUGAUGACAGUCGCUCAGAUGAUCGUCUCUGAUGUCGUGCCGUUGAGAGAAAGAGGCAAGUACCAAGGCAUCCUCGGAUCCGUCGUUGCUUUGGCCCACGGAAUAGGUCCAAUCGUCGGCGGAGCUUUGGCAGAAACCGGCAGACAAGGAUGGCGAUGGAUUUUCAGACUCAACCUUCCGUUGACUGCCAUCACGACACUGUGUGCCAUGUUCUUGAUGCCGCUCAAGAAAGUGGAAGGCGAUUGGAGAUUGAAGCUCAAAGCCAUCGAUUUCUUCGGAGCUUUCCUCGCACUCGGUGGCACCGUGGUGCUAGUCCUGGGCUUGACAUGGGCCGGCUCUCAGUACGCCUGGAAUUCUGCAGCCGUGAUCGCUCCUCUGGUCGUGGGAUUCUGCACAUCGGCUGCUUUUGUGCUCUGGCAAUGGAAAGGUCCACGCUACCCUCUGGUGCCGCUUCAUGUCUUCAAGCGCCGGAUUGUGAAUGGCGCCUGCCUCACCAUGGCCAUCAACGGAUGGAACUUCCUGGUCCAAAUGUACUACAUUCCGUCUUUCUAUCAGCUGGUCUACAACUAUUCCGCAGUGCGUUCUGCAUCGCUCCUGCUGCCGAUCACACUGUUUCAGACAGCAGCUAGUACCGUGUCAGGUCUAGUUGUGCAUUGGACAGGCCGUUACCGGGAAGCCAUUCUCUUCGGUUGGGCGUGUUGGGCUGUCGGGCUAGGUCUCUACUCCACGCUUGAUGAGAAUGAUGGUCUGGGAAAGCAGAUCGGCUACGCCAUCCUGACAGGUAUUGGUUGUGGCAACACUCUACAGCCAGCAUUGAUUGCAGUCCAAGCCGGCGUGUCCCGCAAAGAUAUGGCCAUUGUGACAUCUUUCCGCAACUUUGCCAGGAAUUUUGGUGGAACAAUCGGACUGGCAGUCGCAGGCACAAUCUUGAACAACCUGGUCGCAUCAGGCGUGCGCUCUCUCAACCUUGACGAGCAAGAUACCACGGCAUUGUUGAAAAGCCCGCAGGCGUAUCUGAAUGAUCGCCAACAUUUGGACGCGAAUCGGGUUCGCGAAGUCAUCAUUCCAGCCUACAGGCAAGGCUUUCGCAUCAUUUUCUUGAUCGGCGCAUCAUUAGCGGCGCUCGCUUUUGUCUUGUGCUUCGUGUUGAUGCCGCAAGUUGAACUUGAUAGACCUGAUGAUAAACAGUUGAAAGAGGAGGGCAAGAAGUGGAAGGAGGAGCGGAAGUGAGACUUGGCGCGUCGCGGAGUGCACUCCGGCUUUGCGGUUAAAACGGAAAAAUGGUGUCGAUAGAGAUAGACCAGCAUCUUCGAGCUUGGACUUUGACAAGGCAUGGGUAUUUCGACUUCACGUCUUCUGCUUACUGCACACUUCGUCGCUCAGAAGCAUGGUACUACAGCCCAGGAAGCGUCAAAAUGCUGAAAGUUAGUAAAGCUCGAUGUCCUGGAAACCACGCAGCAGGGAUUGAUGUAUUGUCUCAAUGCCUAGCAGCGAUCACUUCAAUUCCUUGCGAGCAAGGGCGUACAUGAGAAGUCGAAGCAUGUUGCUUUCAAGCGGUUUUCAUUUCGCGUAAGACUACGAGACAGUCAUCUAAACAAGCAAUAUGCCGCCGACAGUGCCAGCAAGCAAU